AUGGCGCUCAAGCUUGUCCUCCUCGCCGCACUUAUAGCCGUCGCCAGGGCCGGUGUCAUAGGCGCCCCCGCCUUUGUGACCCCUGCAGCUGCCACCCCCUUGGCCUACGCCGCCCCCGCCGCAGUCGACACCGACUACGACCCCAACCCCCAGUACAGCUACGCUUACGACAUCCAGGACGCUCUGACCGGAGACUCCAAGGGACAGCAGGAGACCCGCAACGGAGACGUCGUCCAGGGCAGCUACAGCCUGGUGGAGCCUGACGGCACCCGUCGCACCGUCGAGUACACCGCCGACCCCGUCAACGGAUUCAACGCCGUCGUGCACCGUGAACCCGCCGUGGUGGCCGCCCCCGUCGCUGCUCCCGUGGCACAUGUAGCUGCCCCACUAGCAGUGGCCACCCCUGCAUAUGGCCACACCAUUGCCGCUUCUUAUUACGGUUGA